AUGGAUUUUGGGCUAAACGUAGAGGUAGAAAAAAAAGAGUCUGUUUCAUUUAAAGGAAUGGGGAUCCCCAUAGAAAUACUUGGAAACAUUAAUUACUCAAUUGCCACGCCAAUUCAGCGGAAAGUAAUACCAAAGCUGUUAAAAGGAGAGGAUAUUAUAGCGAUAUCCCGAACAGGAAGUGGUAAAACGUAUUCUUAUGUAAUUCCUAUAUUAAUGGAGCUUCUUAGAAACAGAGAAAAAAAGACAGUAUACACCCGGGCAAAGGCAAUUAUAAUAGUGCCUACGUAUGAGCUGGCAAAUCAAGUGUUUGAAGUGGUAAGAGAGCUAAGCAGCAACGGGGUGCACCCUGCUAUGUUUACAGGAAUGGGAACAGUUGCACACUCUCUCAACUACUUGGUAGUUGGGCAGUUUGAGGUAGUAAUAUGCACGCCAGGAAGAUUCGAACAUAUUCUAACAGAGGUCUCAUCGGCAGACAAGAACCGACCAAUUCACAUGAAGGUUGAUGAGGGGAAUAUAAAAAAAGAGGUGUGCAUUACAGAUCAGCAGAUUCUCGAGAAAAUAACUCAGCCAGAUAUAGUGAUAAUUGAUGAGAUGGACAGAAUAUUUGAAGACAAAAGCCUGUCUCUCUCACUGGAGAGAAUUCUUGAAUUUUUCAAAAAUGAACCGCAGUAUGCGCUUUUCAGUGCAACUCACCAUAGAGGAAACACCACAUCAGAAGCAUUUUAA